GUCCUCGAUUUGUUGACAGAAGGAAAAACUUUUAUUUGACGUGUGUUGAUAAAAUAUUUAUUUUGUUCAAACUGCGUUUUUUUAGUAAUAAAAUUAUGCAAAUUUCGUCAAAAAUCAAUCGGAAUUACGGUUGAAAAGCAAAGACAUUAACAAAUACAACGCAUCGUGAAUGCAUACAAUCUAUUAAUUGGAAAGAAAUCAAAAUUUAACUUUGUGUUUCCGUGACAUCAAAAUCUGAGUUGAUAAAAGAGAAGACAAUUACUAUUGUCGUCUGACUAAUUAUGCGAUCAGUCAGGCCCUACGAAAGGUUAUUUUUUAUGAUUUUAUUAUGAGUUGGUUUGACACAACUGGAAUAGCCAGUCUGGCGAAAAAUGCUCUCAAAGAGGCUCAGAAAACUAUUGACAAAGCGUUGGACAUAAAGGACGACGAAUCUGCCGCAGAAUCAGCAACAUUCGAUAGCAGCAUUCUUGAUAGUCAAGCGAAAUCAGCAAAUAUGAAGCAUUCGUCAAGCAACAGUGCACUGCAGUCAAGUAUCUGGGGAUCAUUCACUGGUUCGUUUUUCGAUAAUCCAAUCGGCGAUACAAAAACUGUAACAACACCUCCAUCAAGCAGUGUGGUAGCUCGCAUAAACGAAGACCUGUGUGAUAUUUUAGAACGACCAGCCAAGGAAACGUCACAAAAUGAAAGUGAAGGCAAUAGUUCGGCAUCAGUGGAAAUAAUGAGUCCUCCUACAACUCCCGGUUCCAAUUUAACAUCACCAGAACAAUUAUCCGGCCCAACGGUUCAGCAUUCUGAGUCUGUUGAAGUCAUUAGUGCCACAACACCGUCUAGUGAUUUAAUAACAGUAUCGUCCAGUUCACCAUCUGAACAAUUGUCGCUUAGCUGCAAUUUAAAUCCGGACAGUGUGGAAGUGAUUUCUGAUGAAUUCAUGGACGAAGAUUUGAGCAUCGAAGACGACUCGAAAAGUUACAAUACAGUCACGGAAAGCACAACGAUCGUAACAGUUUUCGAAGGAUCAUCGAAGGCCAUUACCACAGCACCCAGUCGAUCUGGUCUACAUUUAUCGCUGGAAGCGUCAACAGCAGACCUAAUUAAAUCUUCCGACCGAAAGUCUUUGAAUGAAAUGAAAGUUUCCGUCGAUUCCGACACAAAGAAAGUUCCUAGGCUCAUCGAAGAUGCGAUGCUGGAAAAAUCGAUCGAAAGUUUCGAUUCUCAAACUCAGUUUUCCGAUUCGACUCAUUCAUUCGAAGAAGUGCAGCCACAAAAUCAAGACAGCGGUAAUCGCAGUGAUUCUCCACAAAGUUCCGAAGAGCACAGCGAUAUUGUAAAAGUAAGUUCAGAACAAAAUUCGAGCGAUGAAAUCGAAACAGCAACUUCAUCCGAUAUUGAGAUCAUUUCGCCCAAUGGUGACUCAAGCAGCACGAAUAGUGUGCACAAGGUGAGCCCAUUGAAUUGUUCGAUCCAACACGCAGAAUUGUCAAAGAAAAAAGGCCACAGCCGUGAGCUAUCUACACACUCUAUGCAAAGCAAUGCUAGCGAUGACUCACGAUUCAGCUACCAGCCCGAAACUGAACGAUUAAUGCGACGCAUCAGCGAAUUAUCAGAUAUUUUAGAGUCUCGUGAAUAUAAAUUGAUGGAACUGGGCCGAGAGAAUGCAGAAUUGAGAGAGAAGAAUGCUGAAAUGAAAGUUCAUUUGGACACGAAGCGUAAACGAGACGACUGCAUGGAAGUGACCAGUGUAACGGAAGAGUAUACCCAAAGAUUGUCAGCAAUCGAGAAAAAGUUUCAACAGUCGAUUCGAGAACGUGAUAAUCUCAGGGAUCAAUUGAAGGCCGCUCGAUCCGAUCUUGCCAGUAAGAUGUCCAAGGAAGACAUUCAAAAAGUGAUCAACGAAAAGGACUUCAUGAUCGAAGAACUGAAAACCGAAGGCGAAAAAUUGUCGAAACAAAUUCUCCAGAAUUCAAACAUAAUCAAGAAGCUCCGGGCCAAAGAAAAAGAUUCGGACAGCACGUUGAAAAGACAGAAUGAGCAAAUCGAAGAAUUAACGGACGAGAUGGAACGAUUGAAAAAAUCAUUAUCAGCCAAAGAUGAGGUGGAACGAUCACAAAUCGAAGCCGUUCACAAGCUAUCAUCGGAAAAGCGUAAAUUGGAACGUGAAAAUGGUCAGCUAAAGAGUCAAUUAGAUGAUACAACACAGAAAUUGAAAACGCUGCAAACUUCGUUCGAGGCAGCGAAAAAAGAGCUAAAUGAAAGACAACAAUCCCAUUCCGAACUGACUAAAAAGGCGGAGGUAUUGGCUAUUUUGGAGUCGGAAAAAAAUGCCACUGCAGUACGAAACGAGCAGAUCUUAAUCGAAUUGUCAAGUCUGCGUGAGAAACUUAAGCAGGUCGAAGGUGGGAAUAACCAAAAGGAACUUAAUCUACGUCGCGAGAAUGCCGAGCUACUACGACGAUUGGAGGAGACCGAACUGAAAUUGGAGCAGCAAACUGGUUUAUUGAGUGACUCCACUAUUCCUCUGUUCAGACAAAUUGAAGCGCUGCAAUCGACGUUAGAUCAACGGAAUACAGUAUUUGAAGGCAAGGAAAAACAUUAUUUGGAACAAAUCGAUGAGCUACAGUGCAAAUUCACGAAAUUAUCGAAUACGGAGCAGGUGUCGACGGAGCAGAGAGUAACUUUGAAAAAUAAAAUUUCCACUCUGGAGGAAGAGGUGUCCACACUUCGAAUAAAAUUGGACAAAGUCAGCGAUUCCAUUCAACAGAAAGAAAUGGAAUUUGUGUUCAAGGAAAACGAAUUGCGGGACGAGAUCAAGAAACUGCAUCUGGUCAACGAGGAGCGCACAAAAGAAUUGGACGAGAGUCGCUCGAAAAUAGAAAAACUUCACGGUCAAUUGAACGUGGAAAAGGAGAUUGGUUUGUCGGAGAGGCGACGAGGACAAGAGUUGGAACGGAAAGUGAAAAGACUAAGCGAAUCAAAUCUUGAACCGGACGAUAAGGUUGAUUCACAUCGCGGAGAUGUUUCACCUACAUUGAGUUUAGGUCAUGCAUCGAAUGCAGACUCACUGAGCAGCGCAUUGUGGCCGAUGGAAGACAUUGACUGUGUGUCGAAUUCCGGUCGACAAAAUUCCAUCUAUGGAGCCAGUGGAUUCGGUUCGGCAACGCAUACGACUCUAUUGGAAAAUCUACAGGCAAGCUUAAAGCAAAGAGAUGGCGAAAACCAUCAACUACAAUGGGAACUGUCUCGUCUACAAGCUGAUCGUAAUUUUCUGAUGACGGAGGUGUCCAAUUUAACGUCACAAUUGGAAACGAUUAAGGAAAAAUUUAAUCAAAAUGAACAUGUUGCCAUUGAAUACAACGAACUACAACGCAAGUACGAUGCCAUUCUUCAGAUGUACGGCGAAAAAGUGGAAGAAACUGAAGAACUGCAACUGGACUUACUGGAUGUGAAGGAGAUGUACAAGGCUCAAAUUGACGAGCUACUCAAGCAGCAAAAGGAGCGAGAUAAAGCGGCAAAUGAUUGAUGCUCCUAAAUGUUUAUACCACUUCGUUUAUGCGAAUGAGUUCAUUGUAAUGGUACAUCGAGUGGUGCUUCGACAGAAACUACUGAAUUAUAGGAUUGUUGGUCUUUGACAUAAUGUGAUCGCACUUGAAGCGUUUUAGUUUUUAGUUUACAUCAGUGUGGGUGUGUGUAUGUGCAUGUGUGGAACAGAUUACAUUUACAUAUUUAUUCGCUGUUCCUCCGCUUCCACAUUCAUUUACGACGCAUUGUAUUUGUUAUUUGUUUUAAAUUUUAUGGAAAUUUUUGCAUUCUUUCCUAGUUUUUAAACUCUUGUGAAAUUACAAAAGAAAAAUUAAUUAA